GAGGACUUGAGGAUCGGUUCAGUCUUCUCUUUAACUGACUCGUCCACGUGUUCGUCUCCAGCGCCCACUCUCGCCCACAUGGAUUCGCCCGCAUCGUGCUCCAACUGCAAACAGGUCCUGGUAGACGGGAAGACGGUUUACCAGAGGAAGGGCCACGCUGACAUCUUCUGCUCCUCUCCCUGCCUUUUGAAGUUUUACCAAAUGAAAAAAGUGAAGAAAACCUGCCACUUCUGCCUUCAGUUGAUAGGACAGCCUCAGAGCGUCCUCCAGGCCCCGGUGGAUGAUAAGGGGACAAAGAAGGAUUUCUGCAGCCAGGCCUGCCUGUCCUCCUUCAACUACAAGAGAAGCCUGUCCACCAAAAUGCCCGUCGUGCCAGUCCCAUCUCAGUCACAGUGCAGCAUGUGCAGCAGAUACUGCAUUAGCAAACAUGAGAUCAUCCAGCAGGACGUCGUCCACAAGAUCUGCAGCGAUCCCUGUUUUCUGCGUUUCUGCAACAUGAACAACUUGUCCAUCUGUGAGAACUGUCACUCCCGCUGCAACACGCCUCUCAUGCUCAGGAUGGAGAACGGCAGCAAAAAACUCUGCAAUGCCGAGUGUUUGGCUCAAUUCAAACAGAAAAUCAAAACGCCGCAGCUGUGUGCCAUGUGCCGCACCCUGCAUUUGCUGUCAGAUAUGCUUGAAAACAAAAACAGUGACGAUGAGGUGGAGCUCUUCUGCACCAGCAGCUGUGUGAUGGCGUCCAAGAUCCAGGCUAUCAGUGCAUCAGGUACUCCGUUGAGUUGUGACCGCUGCGGUAAGACUACGUUACCAGCCUGCCACCUCGCCAUGUCAGACGCCUCCAUCGGAAACUUUUGCACUUUAGCCUGUGCCAUGUCUUUUAAGGAGAGUCAAAAAGACACAAAUGGUAACUCAUCAGGAGCUGCUGAGGAAACCCGGUUUGAUUACCUCAAACCUCCAGAGAAGCUGCCCUGUGCUCAGUGCCGCCGCAUCAUAAAAGCUCCACCCAAAGUCAUCCAGGAAAAGGGCAAGAUGAACUUUGUUUGUAACUGGGACUGUUUGCAAGAGUUUAAGAAGGUCAACAACAUCAUGGGACAGUGUGAAUACUGUAAGAAUGAAAAAAUCAUCGGAGACGUCAAGAAGGUCGACGGCAAAGACUGCUACUUCUGCAGUGAAGGCUGUCUGACGCUCUUUCGACACGAGCUGGAAGACAAGUGGAGCGAAUACUGCGGCUCGUGUGCUUACUGCUUCUCCAUCUCUAAGAAAGUGGUGACGGCAAAGUAUGAAGCCAUUGAGGAGGAGUUCUGCUCCGAGGAGUGCAGCUCAAAUUAUAAUAAGCUCGUCUGCAGU